AUGAAUUUUCUGAGUGUAAUUGAAAAAUAAUCAUGUAUGAUAAAUUAAGAAAUUACAAAUCGAGGAAGAUCUUAAGUUGAUAAAAAAAAAAGUAAUUCUUAAUUAAUAAGUGUAAUUCAUUAUAAUAUCAAAGAUUGCUAGAGAUGAAUCAAUAAAAAACGAGAAACCUGAUAUAAGUUAGAAUAGUAACAUUUGUAUAGUUUGUUAUGAAAGAGGACCAAAUGCAGUGUUUAUGAAUUGUGGACAUGGUGGUACUUGUUAUUAAUGUGCAAUUGAUAUUUGGAAAUAGAAAACUGAAUGUUAUUUAUGCAGAGAUGUAUUAGAAUUAAUAAGAUUUUAGAAAAUCAUAUAUAUUUUAAAAGUUGAUCUUGAUGAGAGACUUGGUGAUCUUUUUAAAGUUGUUUCAACUACUUAAAUGAUAAAUUAAUUUAAUAAAUGA